ACCCCUCCAAUGUAAAACGUUGAACGGAACUAAACGCAGCAGAGGCGAGGUUUUUUUUUUCUCAUUGGUGGUAGAUGUUGAACAGGAAGAACAAGUCGACGGAAAAGUUGCGUGUGAAAGAUGUUUUAAAUCAAACUGGUUCCCUAAAGGGAUAAAAAGAUAGCCAUCAAAUACACGUAUUAAUACAUUGUCUGUGCUACUUAUUCAUUCAUUUGCCUUCUGGAGACUACGGUAUACAAAUCGACUGGGUUUUCCUGGCGUUUUCUGCACUUGAAAUCGUACUUCCGCAUAGGCUACAAUGUUUUUUUCGACCAACACUCAACUUUCGAACAGGAAACCUUAUUAGAGGCUUACCCGACCGUUUGUCCUUCUUAAGAGGAGCUUGAUUGACAGGUGCUGGCUCCACCUACCACAACAUGGAUUAUGAAGACUACAACGACGGGCGGGGGCAUUGGGGUGCCCAGAGUGCCAAUCCAGCCAUGAGCAUCAUCGGGGCAGAAGACGAGGACUUCGAGAAUGACCUGGAACCUAUGGUGGAUGACGACUGCGUCACCUUUACCAGCAUUGAGCUGCUGAAGAGCAGGCCGACCCACCUGCUUGUGUUCCUGCAACACGUCAUGCUGCAGUUCGACUGCGCCCCAGUGCUCUGCUACCUUCACGCUGACAUCCUGAGGAACCUGAGCGCCAAAGAAGCCAAGAAGCAGUUUGUGGAGUUCUACAAUAACUUCCUGGACAAGGGAGCUGUUCUCAGAGUAUCUGUGCCUCUUGCAGUCAGCUAUGAGUUGGACCGCACCCGGGCAGACCUCAUCCCAGAGGACCAGCAGAAGCGGUUUGCGCAGGAAGUCCAGAGCAUGCAGGGCCAGGAGGUGAUCCGGCAGCUGGAGGACUUCAGGCAGAAGAGGAUGAUGGGAAUGACGCCCAACGAGCAGGAGCUGCUGGAGGUGGAGAACCACCACUCCACCGACCGCAUUCCCACGGAGAUGAAGGAGAAGGCCGUGGCCGAGAACCUGCUGGACAAGAUAGCCGAGAUGCACCCCACGAUCGUGGCAGAUGAGGACAAAUGCUCGGCCAUCUUUGGAGCCGUGGUGUACUACAUGAAGCAGCUGGGGGUGAAGACCAGGGCCACCGACAGCAAGAAGUCUCGCGGAUUCUUCCGGAAGAAGGGCAAGGACAAGAAGGAGGAGCCCAAGCUGCCCAAGCCGAGGAGCGGACUACCCAGCAUCCUCCGGGAGGCCGGGAGCUGGAUGAGUGGGAGCAGUGAAAUCAAAACAACUAAAUUGGACAACGAAGGUGAUAAAGACAAGAGUUCCCAUGAGCGUAAAGGGUCCAGUGGGAACGCCCCCUCCCGUGGAGUGACUCCAGACGUGAGCUCCGCUCCGUCCGCCAGCAAAAGCAAGUCGGGCUCCACGAGCUCCAGCAGCCAGGCGGGGUCAGAGGUCACCGAUGGUGCAGCCACCAUCAACAUCAGCAUCACCUCCAGCCCUGACAGCGACAUAGGUCCGCCCAGCAGUCGCUCCGACUCCCAGUCUGUGUCUGAGGGUGGCGAGGUGUCUCCCGCCACCCAACCGGGAGCGUUCCUCUGGGAGGGCGCCGGCCCCAGCCCCAGCGAGAUCACCGUGGAGGAGAACCAGGACAAAGACAGUACCGAUGGCGGCCUGGUCCUGCCCGACACUCCUCCUAUUGGCCCCGCCUCUGGCCCCUCCCCCCAGCCGGAGGAGGUGGAGCCCCGCCUACAGGAGUUGGAGCAGGACCCGCCCAACUGGAGGGACCAGGCCUCUCCCGAAGCUCUCAGAGACCUGAGCAAGAAGGAGACCAAGAGGCAGGAGGUCAUCAACGAGCUGUUUGCUACUGAACACGCUCACGUGCGCAUGCUGAGCGUGCUGCAGACAGUGUUUGCCCGGCCCAUGGAGAGGGCGGGGCUUAUGACUCCCGAGGAGGUGGCCGCCAUCUUCCCCAGCCUGGACGACAUCAUCGAGUUGCACUGUGGUUUCUACGAGAAUCUGAAGAAACUGCGUCAGGACGACGGCUACAUCGUCAAAAGCAUCGCCUCCACACUGCUCAACAGAUUCAGCGGGUCGGAGGGCGAGUGGUUCCAGAAGCUCACGGCCCGCUUCUGCAGCCACCAGUCCUGGGCACUGGAGCAGAUCAAGAGCAGGCAGAAGAGCACACCUCGCUUCAACACCUUCAUCCAGGAUGCCGAGAGCAGUCCCCUGUGCCGGCGGCUGCAGCUGAAGGACAUCAUCCCCAUCGAGAUGCAGCGUCUGACCAAGUACCCGCUGCUGCUGGAGAACGUGGCCAAGAGCACGGAGCGCGAGGACGAGCGGCAGGGCAUGCAGAAGGUGGCCGAGUGCUGCCGCAAGAUCCUCAACCACGUCAACGAUGAGGUCAAGAGCAUGGAGAACCUGCUGUUAUUGAAAGAAUACCAGCGCAAGCUUGACACCUCAGGGCUGAAGCCCAGCAAUGAGCUCUUCACUGAGUACAAGAGUAUUGACCUGACAACCAGGGAGAUGCUGUAUGAAGGACCCCUGAUCUGGAGGGUGACGAAGGAGAAAGCUCUAGAUGUGCAGUGUGUGUUGCUGGGCGACCUGCUGGUGCUGCUGCAGAAGCAGGAUGAUAAGAUGCUGCUCAAGUGCCAGAGCAAGAGCACCCUGGUGCAGGAGGGCAAGCAGAUGCUCAGCCCCAUCAUCAAGCUGGAGUCCGCUUUCCUCAGAGAAGUGGCCACAGACCUCAAGGCGUUCUACGUGAUCUUCACCUGGGAGAGCGGCGCUCAGAUCUACGAGCUGGUGGCCCACUCCAUAAAGGAGAGGAGGACUUGGACAGAAAUGAUCAAGAAGGCGGUGGACGACUUCAAGACCAGCGGAGGGGGAGCGCCCGCCCUGGAGAGGGGCCGCUUUGGCAGUCUGAUACCAGGGAGCGCUGCCAAUCCCAGCAGCCCCACAGCCAGUAUGCAUCCUCCUCUCAGCCCUGCAGAGAAUGGAGGGGACUCCCUAAAGAACAGCAGUGAUCGAGACAAGGACCUCCUCCCUGAUGAGAAAGGUGCAGACCCACACACUUCGCUGAUGGAGUACCUGGCAGCCAAUGACUUCGACCUGAUUGGCCACAGCAACAGCCCUCAGGAGAAGAUGGCCAGUGGCAUGGUAGAUGAACUCAUGUCCCUCAAGAGGCUAUUGGUUGGCAGCAUCAGCCUAUCAGAAGACUCCGAUGUGGCUGGCGAGAACGGAGGGGCAGGGCCUGAGGUGCCGGAAGAGGUUGAUGGAUGUCAGUCACCAGCAACAGAGGAGGCCACCACCGAUGGGCAGACAGAAGAAGGAGGGCUGAAGGAGGAAGAGGAGAGCGGGAUCAGCGCUCCGAUGGUGCUGUCGCAGGAGCGCAUGGACGAGGUGCGGACGACCCUGGAAAACAUGGAGGAGAAGCUGAAGAAACUGCAGAGCAUUGAAGAAGCGCAUCACAAGUUGCAAGAUCUGCUUGCAAAGUUCUCUCUCCAGAGAGGGAACUACCAGUGAGACAGACACCAGGACCACGUCAUUUGCUGGAUUUUGAGUGCAAGAGUUGCGUGUUUGGGGGGAGGGAUUGAGUAAUGCUGCCUGGAGUCCGCCGCUCCCUGCUCUCGCUCUCGCUCUCUCGGCACUCGAUUGAUUUUCCUCACACCUCUGUGAGGAUUUGCCAAGGAUCAUCAGUGCUGAAGUACUGUACAGCAGCGCAGCGAUGUAGGAGUGAGGUGUGUGUGUGUGUGUGUGUGUGUGUGUGUGUGUGUGUGUGUGUGUGUGUGAAAGGAACAGAGUUGUGUGAACAGGUGCCAAAGAGUGUUUUGAAAAGCUAAUCAUGAAAGAAGCUGCCUUCAGGGAUCCCCCUCCCCCUCCCCCCUCCCCCAGCGACACACAUGAGCACGCUUGACUAACUGUUAUAGCCCCCCUGCCCCCCCUCCAAAAGACGCAGAAUGCAACACUGGCACAGCCUGAUUGGCAUAGCCAUCCAAACGUAGCAUGCACAGAGAGACUGAAGAGGUGGGGAUGCGCCUCACACUCACACACACACACACACACUCACACACACACACUCACACACACACUCACACACACUCACACACACUCACACACACUCACACACACUCGGCUCUCUGCACUCACUGACACGUCGAGAGAGACCGCAGUGAGGCUCGGUUCAGAUUCUCACACACACGCUAUUUAUUUCAAUUCAUUUUCCUCACCUCUGUAAAAUGUGUGUGUCCUCCAUUUUUAUUUUAUUUUAUAUGAGCUUGUGUGUGAGAAUGUGUGUUCUCUGUUUAUAGAAAGCAUACUUAUAAAUUAGGUAGGUAUAGUUUUGACUCCUCCCAUCUAAAGCAUUUUUUAUAACUCUCAUUUUGUAUCCAAGUCAUUAUUGCAACCACGGCCAAAAUCUAGGCAAAUUAGUGCACCUUUUGCGUUUUAUAUGGGUUGAGUUGAACUGAUGGACUGUAUUUAUUCCUGAAGAGUUGUUGAGUUUGUGGCUUUUUGAUGUGACUGUGUGACUGACUCAGGAUCAGUUGGGCAUCACCGCUCACUAAGGGAUUGGGAUUUAGUCUGAAGCUUACGUUCUCGCACCGGUAGGAUUGGGGUCUAGUCUGAAGCUUACGUUCUCGCACCGGUAGGAUUGGGGUUUAGUCUGAAGCUUAUGUUCUUCGACUGGUAGGAUUGAGGUUUAGUCUAGUCUGAAGCUUACGUUCUCGCACCGGUAGACAUUGGGGUUUAGUCUAAAGCUUUUAUUCUCGCACCGGUAGGAUUGAGGUUUAGUCUGAAGCUCAUGUUCUCACACCGGUAGGAUUGGGGUUUGUUCUCGCACCGGUAGACAUUGGAAUGAGAUUGGGAAGUGGAUGGUGGAUAGGAGACAGGAGGACAUGAGAUGGGUGGAUUAGGAGUCAAGAGUUAGAUGAGUUGUGGAACAACAGCAGAAGGAACGGGACCAGGCCGACGAAUCAACAACAGAGAGGGUUUUAGAGAUGGAGAGAUUUAGAGAGGACAAAAAUACUUCAAGUGUGUGUGUGUGUUAUAUGAGAUAUUGAUGAUAUGAGAGAUAGGGCACAGGAAGUGUAUAUUGUAGUCACACACACACACACACACACACACACACACACACACACACUUGUGGUGCAUGUCAUGUUGUCCUUAGGCAGUCAUACAGGUCACGCCAGCUGGCUAUCACAAUGCUGAAGAGGGCACACCUUGAACCUGUUUAAGUAUUUGGUUGUGAGUGAGUGAGCGAGUUGGGUGAAAAUGUGGGGUUUUUUUAGAUUACUUAGGGAGUGUUUGUCUUAUGGGGGGGGGGGUGCAUCUUAGUUUGGUAUGCUGUUAGAGAGCUGAAUCGUUCCUCUGAACCAGGUAGUAUUUUAUAAAUAGUGAUAUUUUGUGUUAGUUCACCAUGUUCUUUGUUCAUAGGUUUCUUCCUGGAAUUGAUUGUAAUUAUUAUUAUUAUUUUUUUUGUUUGGUUUUUUAAAGAGGUGUACUGUCAGACUUCAGACUCAUAAUCAGGACCAAAGAGGAAGACACACACACACACACACACACACACACACACACACGUACACACGUCAGGGAUGCACAAAACUGAGGGUGACUCACACAUCCGCUGGUAACCCCUCAUGCCUCAGAGAGCCCCCUCGCCCCCCCCCCCCCCGCUGACAGUGCUCAUAGUACUCAUGAAUUGGCUUUCCCUCUCACCCCCAAGAUAAAUCAGCAGCUGCUGAUGACACAAAGUGAUGGUUAUUGUACUGUAAUCUGACACAAAGUGAUGGUUAUUGUACUGUAAUCUGACUGGUCUUCACAGAUGGGUCACGGGUGGAGCAGGUGGAGGUGAUCCUGAGGCCUGUGCUAGUUUGCGUUUGUUUGUUUAUUUGUUUUGAGAAUUCUGUAAACUAUGGAGAUUCUCUGCGGAGAUCCACUGAAGUGGCCAAACUUGAACUGUAUGCCUCCUUCUUUGAGUUUCACUGGCUAGCGCGGGGGGGGAACCAGUCAUGUGAAGACAGUGCUGUUGUUGGAGAUACCAGCUGCCUGAGACACCCCAGAUAACGUUUGACUGCUGCCACAGCAACUGCUCCUGCUGCCUUCUGCCAAAAUAUAUGCAAGGAUGCGUCAGUGGUUGCACAGUAAACCUAGGAUCCACGGCAUGCAUAUUCAAAAUGGAGAACAUUUUCUUCCUCCACGGAUCCUGUCCUAUCCCCUCUCUCCCCCUCUCUCUCUUCUGCGCAAUCAUUGAGCCUCUGUAGAGGCAGUGGCAAAAAGGUCUGUCUGUCUGUCUGUCUGUCUGUCUGUCUGGGACACCUGUCUUGCCUGUUCUUCCAUGGCUCUCUACCUCUGUACCAGUCCUCUUGUCUUCCAUCUCGUACCUGAUGAGAGUCCCACAGGGGCCGUGUUCCUUGCCCCCCCCCCCCCCCCCCACACACACACACACACACACACACACACACACACACACACACACACACACACAAUCUCCCGCCAAGUAUCUUCACACUUUUUAAAACUGUUAAAUAUUUUUACUCUCGACAGAAUGAGAGGACACGUGUUACUUUCCCUUUGUAUUCUAGUGAGCCUCAUCCUGGAAUGUUACCUAAUUAUGUACUAUGCAUUGCCUAAGCCUGAGCGAGCAGGAGCGAGAGGGAGGAAGUAGACGUUAGGAUACCCCCCCUGUUUACAAAGAGUUUAUUCAUUCUCAAUGUUGGAUUCAGUGACAACCUUGAAUAUUAGUCGGGGAAACAAAUGGCCUGGCCUGGCCUAUUGGAGAUGUCCUGAGGUUUCGUUGCCAAUGUUUAGUGCCAGUUUGAACUUUUGUUUUGUUUUCUUUCUUUCCUGAAGUCUGCAAAAUCCAUUUUUUGAAUGCUUUGCUGCACAUCCUUCAGAAUAAGCCAGGGCUGAAAAGCCUUCCUUUCUUUCUUGACCUCUCUCUUGCGUGCACCUAUUCGCUUCCAAACUUAGCAAAAAAAAAAAAAAGAAGAAAACCAGCAACAACAACAAAAAAAAAAACAAAUGCGUAACUGCGUAGCUGUAUAUAUAUAAAUGUAUUUAUAGAGAAAGGUGCCUUUUUUUAUGACAAUCAAGCUUUUGUAUUCCCUUUCUCCUAAAGGCUCUUUCCUCAGUAUAGCUGGUAGGGGGCCCACACAAUGCUUCAGAUGUAAAGAUAUAUGACCAACGAGCGUUAGCGCUAGACAUUUAGCCGUUAGCAUCCGACCCUACUGCAGCCUGUGGCUCCACACGCUGUCCCGCUCAGGGUGGGGUGUUGGCACAUGGUCUACAGUUUCCUGUGUUUAAGACGAGGGUUUGGUUAGUGUUUCGGGCACCCAUACAGCACCUAUAUAUAUAUAUAUAUAUAUCUAUAUACAAAAUGAAUAUGCAAGAUCUAUACUGUGUAUUUGGGCUUUGAUUUUAUUCUAUGAGAGGGUUUUUAAUGAUGUAUACUUCAGAAAAAAAAUGAGGUACGUUGUUGUUUUUUUUUUUUAAUUAUUGUUAUUGGUUUCUUUUUUCUAAUAAAUGGAAAAAAGGUCA